AUGCAGCAUCAACUUCCCUCGCGGUCGGGCCUUCGCCGGGCCUCACAGCACUCUCAGCAAUUCAAGCCUUGUAGUUUCAAACUUAAGAGAGAGAAUGGAUUAUCGAUCCGACCGGUCGUCUCCGUGCAAGCCACAGGACCAGAGCUUGCGAGCAUUGCGGAUGCGGUGCAAAGCGUUGUCACAGCGGCAGCAGCGGCGGCACCAGCACCACUGCAACCAGCAGUUUCCACCAUCGGCGGUGAUCUCGCGGCGCUCGCCACCUUAUCACCCACACUCCCGGGCCUUGGCCGGCUCACGGCCCUGUACUACACUCUUUUCUCAAAACCCAACCCCCUGUGGAACAUCUGGGACUUUUACGUGGGCGCUCCGCUGGCGGAUGGCAGGAACAGCCGCUGGAGCAGCGAGGAUUUCCAGUUGCGUGACAAGCUGGGAGGUGGCAACUUCGGUAUCACGUUUGAGGGCCUGCGCUUGACGGCUGAGGAUUCAAGCGUCACCACUCGCAGCAAGCUCACCGCAGAACAGAAGAAGCGACGAGUGGUGCUCAAGCGAGUCAACAUGGACCGCCAGGGAGUCCGCUCGGAUUUCCUGAAGACGGGCACUCUGGCCAAGGGCAGUGCGGAGACGGGUAUGGUGGAAGCGUACAUGUGCGCCAAGAUUAAGCGCAACCCCAUCGCAGCCGCCUCGUGUGCGGAGUACCUGGGCUACUUCACCAGCAACACAGCCGAGGGCGCCUUCACCAAGGGCAGCCAGUGGCUGGUGUGGAAGUUCGAGAGCGAUGCCACCCUUGGUGACGCGCUGGACGGCAAGCUGGGUCCCUUCCCGUCCUGUUUGGAGGAGUUCAUGAUGGCGGGAAAGAAGAUCUCGGAGAACACGCCGCAGGAGAAGCGGGAUAUCAACGUGAUCAAGGGCGUCAUGCGGCAGGUCCUCACGGGACUACGGCGGCUGCACCGACUGGGUAUCGUACACCGGGACAUCAAGCCGGAGAACCUGCUGGUCACCGUGGAUGGACAGGUGAAGAUUAUCGACUUUGGGGCUGCCGUGGAUAUGUGUACGGGCAUCAAUUUCAACCCGCUGUACGGCAUGCUGGAUCCGCGGUACAGCCCCCCGGAGGAGCUGGUCAUGCCGCAAAGCUUCCCGCGUGCGCCGGCGCCUUUCAUGGCCGCCCUCCUAUCGCCAUUCGCCUGGGUGUACGGUAGGCCGGAUCUGUUUGAUUCGUACACUGCAGGUGUACUGCUGAUGCAGAUGUGUGUUCCGGAGCUGCGUCCGGUGGCCAACAUUCGCCUCUUCAACACAGAGCUUCGGCAGUACGACAACGACCUUAACCGCUGGCGCAUGUACAGGGGUCAGAAAUACGACUUCUCUCUCCUGGACCGCAACAACGAGGCUGGCUGGGACCUGGCCUGCAAGCUGAUCACCAAGCGCGACCAGUACAACCGUGGCCGCCUUAGCGUCGGACAGGCUUUAUCUCACCGCUUCUUCCUGCCGGAGUUUUAA